GAAAACUGUUUUUUGAGUGCCUGCCCGAGAAAGAGAACGUCAAUUUAAUCACUGGACUAACAGCAUUAUAAAGCUAAUAACUACUCAUCACUCAUACGCCAUGUGUAUCAAGGCAAUUCUCCUCCUGGCUGUCAUACUGGCUGCCCAUUCUGGAUGCUUUGGUGGUGGUAGUGGAGGACUUGGUGGUGUUGGUGGUGAUGGCUCUUCCAGACGAACGCUUGCAGUGGCCUGUGAGCAGACGGCGACAGGAGAGACGGCGGCAGCGGCUGUAGGAAUGGGAAUGACGUAUAAAAACAAUAGAUAUACCAACAAAAACAACAACUACAAGGACUAUAACGACUACAACUAUGAGUAUGCCGAUGCUGAUGCCAUUGCAGAUAGCAACAACAAUGGGAACAACAAUGACAACUAUAACUACAACAAAGCAUUGGCGAAAAGGCAGGAGGAGCAACAACUACAGCCACAAAUACUGUACGGAAAUCCCAGCCAGAACAACAUAUACGACUAUAGCACCAACAGUCGACUCCAGCAACGAGAGCAACAGCAGCAGCAGCAGAAGCAACUAGAGCAACAGCAACAACAGCGACAGUUUGAUGAUGAUCCCGAGAAUGCUCGCAAUGACUUCCGUCUGCAAUUGUCUGACUUAAAUGCGGCCAUUCAAGGUGUGGUUCUGGGCAUGGGUAGGGGCCGAAGUAAGUUUGCCGGCCAGGAGCAAAACCAGGACAAUGCUAACGACAACAAUGUACAGCAGGAAUUGGAAUUGUCAAUGGAACGUCGCAGCCAAAGAGAACCAGGUCAGCCAGAGUACUAUGUGGACGAUGAUGAUGAUACAGUAGCGGCCCCAGCUGAUGCCAGAACUGGUGAUGGCGUUGAUGUUGCUGAUGAUGUUCGUGCUGAUGAUAGCCCCAGCGAUAAUAUAGAUUUCGAGGGCGAAGAGGAGUACGCAGUGCAACGUUUUGGCCAAAAAGAGGAUGCCGAUGAGUUGAGCUCACAGUUACCCUAUGGCAUACAAAAUGUGCGCAAGCGUCGCGUUCGCAGUGUUAUGCCACCCACACAGCAGUUCAAUUCAAAUCCCAGCACCAAUCCCAAUAGCAAUGAUGGCGUCACGUAUCAAUCGCUGUGUCCCACAAAUCGAGUCACUGUCAAACUCGACAUGGGUGAAUAUCGUCCAAAUCAUUAUGUGGAAGUCACCUGUGCCCAUAACUAUGCACCGCAGCCAUCAAGAAUGCAUAACUAUGAUUAUAGCUAUCGUAGCAAUGAAUUGCCUCUGCUAAGAGCCCUUCUAUCAGAGCGGGGUGGGGAAAAACGUGAGAUCUGUUCGGCUACAGGUUUUUCAUGCAUCCAACUCAAUCGGACCAUACAUUUGAUACGGCUAAAUGAGGAUUCCGGCUGCUGGGAAUCCGAAACACGAACAGUGCCCUCAGGCUGUGAGUGCAUGUGGCCCAAGCAUAGCUAUGGAGACAUUGCUUUUUAUCAUCAGGCACAGAAACGUGGUGGCCCCUUGUUGAGACGCACUGGUGCUGGCGCAAGUGCAGGAUUGGGUGGUGGAUCGAGUGCUGGCAUCGAUUACAAACCCGGAGUGGGCUAUCGUCAGUUGAAGUUACGGUCACGCAAUCGACGAGACAAUUUCGGUCCCUUUGACGAGAGCUAUGACUUGAAUUGAGGCAAACAAAUCAAAAGGAUGCCAUGAAUGGGGAGGGAGUAAUGUUUUGGAAUCUACAUAAAUUAUUUUACGCCAUAGUUUAGUUAUAAAAUUGAUGAAUCGAGAAUCGUUUUGCGUACGAAGAGAAUUGUGAAUUGUAAUUGUUAAUGAUAAAUAAAAUGAGAAACUACAA